AUGUCUGAACAGAAAAAAAGAAAAGUAGAGACCAGUAAUGAUCCCAAUGUAUGGCUGAAGUGGUACCAUGAAUUAAGUGAUGAAAGCGAUCUGAGUGAAAGCUCUAAGGAUGAAGAUGAAAGUGACAAAGAGAAAGAAAAUAUACUGACAGAGAGUGAGCAUAAUACAGAAUCGGAACAAGAGGUUGCGGAAAGUGAAGAAGUUAAAAGUGACGAAAACGUGUCUAGAUUCUUCUAG